AUGUCGUCCAUCUCUCACGCCGAAGCUCACCAGGAAGGUUCCGAGAACCAGCCCACGCGAUUCGAGGAAGGCAAGGAAGGCGCCCACGACUUGCUCGACAAGACCGAUGAGCGAUCCAUCGCCAACAAGGUUCGUCCUUGAUCUAUCUCUCUCAUCCUGACGUCACGCGAGGGGACCCGUCUUACUCGACGGAGUUUCUCUUUUCCUCAGCUCGCCGCUGCCGCCCAGAAGGAAAAGGAAGAGAAGGACGCCGACGCCGACAAGCCCAUGCCCACUGAGAUUGCCAGGUACGUUGAAAGUUUCAUUCAAAUCCUUUUUCACCCGAGACCAAAGAGAUUCAUCAUUUUUUUUCAAUACCUCUUGAUAAUCAGGUCCCACGGCAACGAGCCCUCGCGAGGAGCGUAA